AUGAUAACAUAUGAAAGUGAAGAUUUAUUAGCGUGCUAUGAUGUUAUGGAACACUUUAUGCAACCACAACGUCAUCUACAAGUAUUUAUGAAUAUGUUACGCCAUCAUAUGAAUGUUCAAGUUGCAUUUGAUGCUCCACGACUUUGUAUUGGUCCAAGUAUUCCUAAUGGCACAGAUGAUGCUGUCAAAAGUGAAGUCUUUAUUGAAGAUGGAAUAUCUGAAGAUGUUUUAGAAAAACUUAGAUCAUUUUGUCAUCAUGUUAAAUUAGUAAAAGACUUGAUCGUUCAAUGUUUGGCCGUGUCAAAUUAUUCUUAA